GAAACAUAAGAAAUAAAACGAAGAAACGUAAUUAGCGAAAUCCCCAAGUUGACUUUUAUUGUGGUUAUUGUUUUAAGUUACACGUGAAAGCAAUACUUAAAGGGCAUGUACUAUUGUCAUACGAAUAUGUUUGUCAAUAAUUCUUUAGCCAGCUGCUUUAGUUAGCUAGUUAGCCAACUAACGUUAACCGGACAUAUUUUGUGUAGCGUUAGCUUCAUACUGGCUAGCUUGACAAUAGCUAUCUUGUCGAUAAGGAAGUUUAUCAUUACGUUUCUGGACCAAAUCCGAACUUCUUUGAUUUGGGGCUGGAGAAGUUAAAGCACAGCAGAGACUACAAAGCAGCUGGAUACCUAUUGACACUGUGUGUGGAGGAUGUCUUCACCAAUAUACUACAACCAAGACAGUGUUACUCGCUUCAAGAAAAGAAAAGCUCGUUUCUCUUUCAGUGAAGUCCACAUACUGUUGGAUGAAGUGAGGAAGCAUCGUAUGGUUGUUGUGGGCAAAUUCAAUCGUGGUGUGCCAACAGACAUGAAGAAGCGCACUUGGGCAGAGAUUACUGCACGUGUCAAUGAGAUAGGGGAGUGCCAACGCGAGGUCAUCGAGGUCAUCAAGAAAUGGUCUGAUCUAAAGUGUGACACCAAGCGGAAAGUGGCUGCCAUGCGGUCAGGGACAGUGCCCAACAGGGGCCUCAACUCACGUCUUUCCCGAGACCUUAAUCAGACAGAGAAAAUAGUGCUCCAGAUUCUGGAGAUGGAUGAGGAAGACCAGAGCACGGGUGAUUUUGGCCCACUUGGAGAUGACGACGAUGUGCCAGAGGAGGAAGAAGAAAUGGAAGAGGAAGAUAUGAUUGGAAUGCAAAGUUCUCCUAACGGCGGGCUGGACAUGGCGACUAUGCCCCCACCAACCUCCUACACCAUGAGGGACUCAUCACAACCUGCCUUUGAUGUGCAGUAUGAAGUACCUGCAACAGAAGCUGAAGCUGCAUUUGGAGACUCAGACGAUGACCAAAGGGAUGACGUGCUUCCUUCCACUCAGGCAGCGAAACCAACAGAGGAUCACCAAGGAAACAACGGCAUCCAGAAACAAGGACAACCUCAGACGUCGUCCGGACCUUCGACGUCAACAGCCACGCUUCCCGUGCCAGGUCAGCCCUCACAGAACAUGAGAGACAGCAUGCUACAUAAUGCAUCGCUGAGCCUUCAAGAGCAGCACGCCACCAACAUCCUGCUGGAGACGGUUUCACGCUCGCUGGAGCUUCUGUCUGAGUCGGUGCAGCAGCUGGCAGAGACUCAGCAGGAGUUUGUGCGCGAGUCGCUGCAGCUCCAGCGGGAGACGGUGCAGGUUCUUAGAGACUUCACAGGUGGAGCCAUUGCGCUCAUGCAUGACAAACUGAAUGGACGGCCAGCGUUAUAGCAACAAAGUGCCAGACAGAGAUGUUGUUAAGUUGUAUCACUGACUACAUACAUGGCCUUCAGGUGCAGGAACCUCUAAGUUCCUUUGGACUCCACCGCUGGCUACUGUACUUUUUGAUAGUACUCAACAGAAUUUCUGUGGUUAUCUUUUAAAACUGUAUUCGUAGAAACAUUGUAUUGAUGGAAUUGCUGUCUGUGAGGUUACAUGACAAUGGAUUGAGAAAAUAAUGUUAACAAUGUUAGCGAUAAAGAAAGAACAUGUCGAGGGUUUUAUUUGUUUUAUUUUUUUCCUACUGAAGUGAGACUCCUACUGCUCGCUUUGUAGAGCAUUUUUUAUUAAGCAUACACCACAUUUAAAGCCUUUACAUUCUUUUAAUGUUGACAUGCAAAGAAUAAGUCUUUAAUUUUGAAAAGUCAGUCAAAUCCAUUUGUGUGUCCUUGACUCGUUGUAUAGGUUGUAGUUGCAUCAGUGUCUGGAGAUUAUCACAUGUACUGUAAUGGUGAGUGGAUUUCCACACCUGACCAUUAUAUGGUCUAUAUGUCUGAAAGCUACACAAGGUGUGUUAGAUACUUUGAAAAUACCUGUAACUGAAUAAUUUGUGAUUGUCUGAUUUUGUUUUUUACACUGCAAACAUGAAACACUUGAAUAUGAAAGUUUCAUUCAUUUCUUUUAAAUAUGAAAUAAACCCCACAUGUAUUUAAACAGAA